CUGGGGCACGCAGAGCUACUUAAAGACUCCUGGCAUCAAUUACACAGCAGACAGAUUUUGAUUGCUGGGAUGUGUUUAAAGGGGGGACAGUGAUCAGUCCGGACAUUCAGGAGUGGGGGCUUUUGGUCUGUUUCUAAUCUGGCCUUUUUAAAGCUUCCACAACACAAAGUGUCAGUGGCUUUUUUUGAGGGCUGCGUGGUAGGAUCUCAGGGGUUAUGUCUCCUGGUCUCACGUUGUCCAGAGCGGGACUGAGCUCUGUGCUGCUGUGUCUCCUGGUCGCAGGGUGCCUGGGUGAGACGGUCAGGUACCACACGGACGAGGAAGACGCCCCCGGUACAGUCUUUGGGGUGCUGUCGGACGAUUUGCAGUCCAGCUCUGGGGACAGACCCCUCGGCAGUUUCCGCCUGAUGGAGCAGUUCAGCAACAGCUCGCUGGUGCGGGUGCGGGAGGGCGACGGGCAGCUGAGCAUCGGCGAGGCCGGGAUCGACCGGGAGCGGCUGUGCGGCCAGUCCCUCCAGUGCGUCCUGGCUUUCGACGUGGUGAGCCUGUGGCAGGAGCAGUACCGGCUGGUGCACGUGGAGCUGGAGGUGCGGGACAUCAACGACAACGCGCCGCGCUUCCCCCAGGCGCACAUCCCGCUCGAGGUGUCCGAGAGCGCCGCGCCCGGCACCCGCCUGCCGCUGGAGAUCGCCCUGGACCCGGACGUGGGCUCCAACUCCAUCCAGAGCUUCCGGCUCUCGCGCAACAGCCACUUCGGCAUCGAGGCGCAGACGCGGGCGGACGGCGGGAAAAGCGCCGAGCUGGUGCUGCUGCAGGAGCUGGACCGCGAGACCCAGGCCGCCUACACGCUGGAGCUGGUGGCCCAGGACGGCGGCAGCCCGGCCCGCUCGGGCACGGCCACGGUGAGCGUCCGGGUGCUGGACGCCAACGACAACAGCCCGGCCUUCCCGCAGGGCUCGGUCACGGUGGAGCUGGGCGAGGACGCGCCGCGGGGCUCCCUGCUGCUGGACCUGGAGGCGGCCGACGCCGACGAGGGGCCCAACGGCGAGAUCGUCUACGGCUUCGGCAGCCAGGUGCCGGCCGAGGCGCGGCAGCUCUUCCGGCUGGACCCGCUCUCGGGCCGCCUGACGCUGGAGGGGCCGGUGGAUUACGAGCGGCAGCGGACCUACGAGCUGGACGUGCAGGCUCAGGACCGGGGCGCCAGCCCCCUGGCGGCCACGUGCAAAGUCAUCGUGCGCCUGGCCGACGUGAACGACAACGCGCCGGGCAUCAGCGUCAGCCCCCUGAGCGGCGCCCCCGCCGGCGCCGGGGUGGCCUACGUCAGCGAGGCGGCGGCGCGCGACAGCUUCGUGGCGCUGGUCAGCACCUCGGACAGGGACUCGGGCCCCAACGGGCAGGUGCGCUGCGCCCUCUACGGGCACGAGCACUUCGCGCUGCAGCGCGCCUACGCCGACAGCUACGUGCUCGUCACCGCCGCGCCGCUGGACCGCGAGCGCGUGGCCGAGUACAACCUGACCCUGGUGGCCGAGGACCUGGGCUCGCCGCCCUUCAAGACCGUCCGGCAGUACACGGUGCGCGUGAGCGACGAGAACGACAACGCGCCGCUCUUCUCCAAGCCCGUCUACGAGGUGGCGGUGCUGGAGAACAACCCGCCGGGCGCCUACCUCGCCACCGUGGUGGCCCGCGACCCCGACCUGGGCCGCAACGGGAAGGUGCUUUACCGGCUGCUGGAGACACGGAGCCCGGGCGGCGGCCCCCGCUCCGGCCUGAUCUCCGUGGAUCCCCACAGCGGGUCCGUCCACGCCCGGCAGCCGCUGGACUGCGAGGAGCUGCCGCUGGCGGAGGUGGAGCUGGAAGCCUGCGACGGGGGCGCCCCCCAGCUCUGCCAGCGGGCCCGCCUCCGGGUCCGGGUGGUGGACCAGAACGACAACGCCCCGGUCAUCACCUCGCCGCCGCUGGCCAACGGCUCCGCCGAGCUGCUGCUGCCCGUCAGCGCCCCCGCCGGGUACCUGAUCGCCCGCUUCGCGGCCAGCGACGCGGACCAAGGCGCCAACUCCGAGCUCUCCUACUCCCUCCGGGGCGGCGCCCACCCGCUGGUCGCCCUGAACCGGGACACCGGGGAGCUGGCCCUGCGGAGGAGGCUGCGCGGAGGGGCCUCGGAAGCGGCCUUCGCGCUUGUCGUCGCUGUCCACGACCGCGGGAGGCCGUCGCUGUCCUGCACGGCCGCAGUCCGGCUCAUUCCCACGGACACACUCCCCUCUAGCGUGGAGAUCGUGGUCGUGCAGCCCUCGGCCGAGGAGCUGCAGCGGCAGCCCCGCCUGGACCCCUCCGUGGUCCUCAUCGCUGUGCUGGCCGGGGGCUGCGGCUUGCUGCUGGUCGCUAUCGUCGCCGUGGCCUCCACCUGCAGGAGGAGCAAGACUCACUUCCAGCGUGGGCCCGAAGAGCAGGGGGGAGGCCAGGAAGCCAGGCUGCUGAAGGGCUCAGGCUCCCAGGCAGGGAGCUUCUCCCUGCCAGCUCUCUGCCAGCUCUCUGUUACCACCCAAUCUGAGAACCCCAGUGAGACUUCCCAGGCCGAGGACAGCAGCAGAGAGACCUUGUGUCAUUCUGCCCAAGGGAGGAAAGCCAGGAGCAGAGACUCCCAGGGUCAAGUUCUUGUUCCUUUUCAUUCCCCAUCUCUUUGGCAGGAGCAAGAAUCUGCUUCGAGUUUAAGCUCCCAUUCAACUCCUGAUCAGUUUAGUGUGAAAGACAGUGGGAAAGGAGAUAGCGAGUUUAAUGACAGUGAUUCUGAUAUCAGUGGGGAGGGGUUAAAGAAGCCAUCUUCACAGACAGCUGAAAAGCAAGUUGGUACUACAGCCUGUACAGAUGGACGGACUUACAAGGACACAGAAAGAUACUGUAGAUUUUAUGUCCAACAGUCCCAAACAAGCAAAACCAUCCCAUUGCAUUAUGAAAAUGAUUAUAUGAUUGCAUAUUCUACAACACCAAUUUAUCAGCCCAUCCUUCAGCUCGGGAAGCCCAAUUUUCUUCCACAACAGCCAAAGCUGAAAGAGUGUUAUCAAGUUAAUAUUCCUAAAACUGAAAAACUAUAUGAAAGAGUUCUAAGUGGUGAGCCAGAAAUGCCACCAACCACUCUGUCGAGACAGUAUAAAGGACUAAAUCACCCUCCACAGAACACUUUACUCCCAAACGCCUCUGAAGUAGCAACGUCAUUCUGACAUAGCAAUGUAAAGACAUCCAAAACUGUCAUAGGAAUGGACUAAAUGUGUUUGUGUUUAUGUGUAAAUGUUACCAGCUGAGAUGUGUAAAUGAAAUCCCACCGAAAAAUCAAAUAUAACUUUAAAUUAUGGCAAAAGCAAUCAAUGUCUAGACAAAUCAUCCUUCUAAAUUUGUCCUUUAUAUUUACCAAAGAGUCAAAAUUAAAAAAAAUCAUAUUAAAGGACAUAGUUACUGCAGCUAAAGAAGGAUGGGGGAAGCAAAGAUUUAUGUUUUAUAUUGAAACAAUUAAUGUAAAUAAAAAGUGUAGAUCUAGAUAUACAUUUAAAAGCUAAAUGUAUGCCUGUAUCUGUUCUGUUUCUUAUGAAAUACUUAUUUCCUGAUUUAUCAGAUAAUUCACCUGUUCUAUUUGUGUUAGCUGUCAAAUAAUAAAUACAAAUUUAGGCUGCAAUCCUGU